AUGGAGGAAAUCAAAAUCCCAGCACCAAUUCAGGAGCCACAUGAUGCAAUACCACCAUAUCCAGUGAGACAUAAGAAGGCCAAGGUGGAUGAAGGGCUCAAUAGAGUGGCAGACAAAACAAUAUUUAUUGACCGCGAGUUGAAUUACAUUGAUUUCGUGGACAAGGUCUGGAGAACUGCUGGUUUUGAUAAGGGAAAGGUGAAAAUAAGUUUUGUUCUUGUGUGGAACGAUAGUUCUGGUAGAAGGGGGUAUAUGCAUAUUCAUGACGACGAGGGUAUACCGUUAAUAUACCUAGUGUCACAGCAUUGGCUUGAAUUGGAGGACGAACACCCAAAUAGUUAUCGGGCCAGACCUAGCAGCUGGGGCUUUACAGAACAGGCUGGUAGUGACGACAAACACGUCCCAUCGGGUGAAUCCUCUGAUGAAGAAGAUGGCAAUGACACUAGUGCAUUUGUUAAUCCCAGAUGGAAGGCUUAUGAGGCUUACGCUGACAUAAGUGGAUGGGACAAUCCUCUUAUAGAGAAUGAUACUUAUGCUGAAAAGCUAUGGGACGGUGUCAUUGAUCAUAUUAAGGCCGGGAUAUAUUUCUUGUGCAAGGAUGAUGCGCAAGAUGCUGUGGCUAAAUGGUCCACUGAUCGAGGUAGAACUUUCAUCACUGUUAAAUCUGAUGGGUCAAGAUGGUGUGUAAAAUGCGCGACAUCAUCUCCAAAGUAUCCUCAAGAGCGCCUUAGCGGCAUACCAUGCAAUUGGUGGGUACGGGUGGCGAAGCAGGAUGAUACAGACUUAUGGAAAGUGGUGCUAUGGUCGGAUUCCCAUACUUGUCCUGGGGAAAACAACAAGAAAGACAGCCAAAACGUGACUUCGACACUGAUUGCUCGACUUGUUACUCCUAGUGUUCGGUUAGAGCCAACUUACAUAGUUAAGCUGGUUCAAGAAAAUGUCUUUGAUGUGUACCAUGUGAAUACUGUCCUCACCCCACACUACAUGGCAAAGUAUAACAAAUGGAGGUUGCGUGGUAUGCGGCACAAAGUGACCGUUUUUAGUCAACAGAGGCAGUUGUACGAAGUUGUUACAGGACCACACGACAACAGGCCAUGGAAGGGAUGCAAGACCCAUGAAGUUCAGUUUGGUGCAGGUAUAUGCACAUAUUUGAAGUGGCAGACGUACAGAUUUCCAUGCUCUCAUACUAUUAUUGUUGCUAUCACGUUGGAUCGUGAUCCCAUUUCCUUAGUAGAUCCUUGUCACACGAGGGAAGGUUGGAUCGCCCAAUUCUCUGGAGACUUUGCCCUGGUUCAUGGACGUGGCCCAGCUAUACCAUGGAAGCUCAUACCAGAUGACACAAGAUUGGUUCAUCAUUCUGGGAAGGGUAGGAAGCAGAUGAAUCGGAAAAAGGGUGUCCAAGGUUAUUCAAAUCGUGGGAGUCGUCGAGAACCAACUUGUAGCCGAUGUUAA